AUGUUUUGUGCAUCGGAGUCUCCAACCCCGAUCUCCGGGUCCAUGCUGUACACAGCAACAGUCACGGGCUUUGGAAAGGGUUUGCGGAGCGUCGAAACGUAUUUGCCUAGUGACCAGCAGCCAGACCGGGACAACUUCGGCAGCAUCUUCGAGCACCGACCUUUCCGCAGGAGCGGCAGCAGGAAUCGGCGUCGGGGCUGGGGCUGUAGUGGUGUUGUUGGCGUGUGGGGCCUGGUUGUUUUAUCGACGUAA